UUUAAACCACAACCGUCAACCGUUUAUUUUCCCUCCAUUUCUGCAACCUGCCCGAACCGAUUCCCCGUUUCUUCCUCCUCGGCCACGCUAAGCCAUUUCCGGUUAACCUCCGCCGCCAUUAACCACCACCAUCAAUGGCCAAUUCAAUGGCAUCAAUUCAGCAGGGUCGAAUCCGAGUUCUGAAACAGGCAUCAGGGCCAUCCAUUGACCGGGAGAAACUUAAGGGUCCAGUUGUCUACUGGAUGUUCAGAGAUCAACGGCUGCGAGAUAACUGGGCUUUGAUCCACGCAGUUGAUCAAGCAAAUAAGGCCGACGUACCCGUUGCCAUAGCUUUCAAUCUAUUUGAUUCCUUCUUGGGUGCCAAAGCCAGACAUCUGGGUUUUAUGCUUAGAGGCCUUCAAAAGCUUCAUCAAAAUCUUCAAGGAAUGUCUCUCAAUAUCCCCUUUUUUCUGUUUCAGGGGGAAGCACUGGACACAAUUCCCAAUUUUUUGAAAGAAUGCGGGGCUUCACUUUUGGUGACAGACUUUUCACCCUUAAGGGAGGUCAAGAAUUGGAAAGAAACAAUUACUGAGAGGUUGGAAGAUUCAGUAUCAGUUCAUGAAGUUGACGCACACAAUGUAGUGCCUAUUUGGGUGGCAUCUGAUAAAUUGGAAUAUAGUGCUAAGACCAUAAGGGGUAAAAUCAAUAAAUUGCUUCCUGAGUACCUAAUUGAUUUUCCAACACUAGGGCCUUCAAAAAGAAAGUGGCCUAAUCUGCAUCAUUUUAUAGACUGGGAUAAACUAAUUGCAGAUGUUGUAAGGAAAGGAGCAGAAGUUCCUGAAAUUGCAUGGUGUGAACCAGGUGAGGAUGCUGCUAUGGAAGUAUUGAUGGGGAGUAAAAAUGGGUUCUUGACUGCCAGAUUGAAGAAUUAUUCCAUGGAUCGGAAUAAUCCGCUAAAGCCCAAAGCACUCUCUGGUCUCUCCCCUUAUCUGCAUUUUGGGCAGAUAGCAGCACAGCGGUGUGCCUUAGAGGCACGCAAAGUUCGGACACUAUCUCCACAGGGAGUUGACACAUUCUUAGAGGAGUUGAUUGUACGCAGAGAACUAGCUGAUAACUUCUGCUUCUAUCAGCCCCAUUAUGAUUCACUGCAGGGGGCAUGGGAAUGGGCACGCAAGACCUUGAUGGAUCAUGCUUCUGAUAAACGUGAACAUACAUACACGAUGCAACAAUUGGAGAAGGCACAAACUGCAGACCCUCUCUGGAAUGCUUCUCAAUUGGAGAUGGUUCACUAUGGGAAGAUGCACGGUUUUAUGAGAAUGUACUGGGCAAAAAAGAUUCUCGAAUGGACAAGUGGUCCUACAGAAGCUCUUGCAAUUGCUAUAACUUUAAAUGACAAGUACGAAAUUGACGGGAGGGAUCCAAAUGGUUAUGUAGGCUGCAUGUGGUCAAUUUGCGGUGUACAUGACCAGGGUUGGCGGGAGCGUCCAGUUUUUGGGAAAAUAAGGUAUAUGAACUACGCCGGCUGCAAGAGGAAAUUUGAUGUUGAUGGGUACAUUGCAUACGUGAAAAGAUUAGCAGGUGAGAGUAAGAAAAGAAAGGCAGAAAUCUAGCUGAACCAUCAGCAGGCAAAGGAAUUGUGCCAGUAGCAUUUAGAUUGUGUGUUUGCUCGAGGGUAUUCGUGUUGUGGGCUGGUGGAAACUGUUUCGAGUCUCAUUAUCCGGAGCGAUUUACAACCCUUUGGUGGUUUCUUUCGUUUGUAGAUUUAUCUCUCGAGCUCUUUCAAAUAUCUGUUCAUGUGUAGCUUUGAUUUUCUUGUUCAAAUCGAAUUCUUCGACUCCCUGCUGGGAGAGGAGGAUUACAUUGACUCAAAUAUUGUGCUUCUCUAACCAAAAUGUAAAGCAAACAAAAUCCCUCAACUUCA